AUGGACAGCUCGGCAAUCGCGUAUGCGACGUCCAAGGACUGGCUCGAUAUCAUGAAAAACCGGUCCAAGGUGCGCAUGCAUGAGCUGAUUGAGCGUCUUGGGUUGCGUGCAAAAUGGUCGUCGAAUAAGCGCGGCAAGACGAAUUUUGAAUCGGCCUUGGUGCGCGAGCUUGUGGCGGAUAUGGGCGAGGUGGUGUCCACGCUUCCGAAAGAGCCGGACGAGUUGAUGAAGUUUUUGAGUGACGAGGGAAGCCUGAAAGAGGAGGUUGACGGGUUGCUCGAAAAGCAUGGGGCUAAGGUUUGGGGGCGCGUGGGGGAUCGCGAGCAUCUUCUCACGGCGAACGAAGCUGGCGUCGAAGAGGGCCUCUACCCCAGGGAUCUGUACUUUGAAAACGACGAGGACAAGCAACUAAUCCACAAGCUCCUCCACUGGUGGAUUGGCCUCAAGGCAUGCAAUGUCAUUCUUGCGCGCGAACGGCUUGACCGCGAAAGGAGGAAGAAGGCAGAGAAUCGACAGGCGCGAGCCGAGGCCGAGUAUUCUGGCCAGCAGGAGGGCGGAACGCCAGCAUCGUUUGUUGCGCUUGCGCCCAACUCGGUCUUGCACGAUGGUGAUACGGUGUCACGUGGCAGUCCAAUUUCAUCCAGUGCCAUGCUUACCCCCCCAGAGUCGGGUGAGAGUCCCAUCAUGGGUCCCCGGGACGCAGUACAUCAAUCGCAAUCGCUACAGCAGCGGCAGAACAUUGUUGAAGGCGUGUGGAGUCGACUAGCCGUGGAAGCAAGCAGGUCACGAGACGCCAGUACGUCUGCACACGGCCAUGGUACGCACGCUGCAGAAGGCAAAGCAGCGGUAGAGCAGCAGAUUGCAAACACGAACCAAGCCGUUGUCGACCGGCAAAUCAGCGUCGAAGUGGCCAAGCUGGUGGCCAGUUUCCGCUCUGAUGACGCGGCAGGAGAAGAGAUUCCGCAGCCAAACAACAGCAUACCGUACCGCGGGCUGGAUUACGACGGGCUGCGUGCAUUGCGGCAAUACGUCUACGGAGAAGAGCGUGGGGUGUCAGUGGACGAGGAAGCGCUACUCAACCAAUUGGAGAAGACGUGGCGGGAGCGCGUCCGUGCCGACUACCAAAAAAUGGUUGAGAACAUUCCCGUUUUCAUUGCGCGAGAACGGGCAUUCCUGACAUGGGUCGAACUCAAGCGGCAUUUGGCAGCGCUGCAGCGUGCCAACGAACGCUGGUCAGCAGAAGGACACACGGCAGCCGAGAUUGAACGGCGGAUCCAGCAACACCGCACUCUGAUGGGGUGUACGCAAACGAUUAUUGCCAACUUUGAGGAUGUGGGCCAGGGCUUUGGGCUCGGGCCUAAUGUGGCCGUUGACCGCGACGAGCUGUUACGACAGGCAUUGGUAGUGCUGGCUGGGGAAAAGUAUGCCGUCGAGAUGCAGUGGAAGCCAGUAGAGUUUACGGCGACCAUGGCGUGGCUGCAUGAACACCUGGAGAACUUCCGUCGCGAGGAAGAGGAGGACGGAAAGGGUAUGCUUUGGCAUGCCGCAUAG